AACCCGGAACCUGCAGGUGUACCAGCGCUGAAUGCUUAAUGUUUACGAAGGUUGUAUUUGCUCUUUCUCAGCUAAAUGUUUACCAACAGUUCCUGAAAUGAUAACUCGCAAGUCGAAAAAGUUUUGGAUUUGAGCGACAAUGGCGGCGAACUGGGUCGAGAGGAUUUCUGCUUUCUCCCGCAGUCCGUCCGGCUUCCUCUCCGGGACCACCGCGGAGGCUUUCCUGGCGGAGCUGCUCCGGGAGCUCCGCGAUGACAGAGCCACUUACAGCGUCAAGGUCCUCCUGCUGUCCCCGCUGUGUGAGCACCCAACCCUGCUGUGUUGCUCAGACUCUGUGGGUGAGGAGACGGCCCUGGAGCUCAUGUCAGUGUUUGCCCAGUGUCCUCCCAAGUCUGUCCAGUUUCGUUGCCACCUCCUCCUGGCCCUGACCUCCAUUCUCAUCUGCACUAAGUGUGCGAAGAGCCGCUCCUGUGCAUCUCUGGACUUUCUGGAUGUGCUGCUUCAAAUAGCCCAGGACACCAGUGACAUCCACGGCGAUGGUAGCCAGCGUCCUGUCCGUGCCACAGCCUGCGACUGCCUGCGAGAACUGGAGGCCUGCUGUCCCGGCCUCCUCUCCCACCGCCUGGAGCUCUUGGCUGGGCUCCGGCAGCAGGAAACAUCCAGGCUCCACCAGGCCUAUACGGGGCUUCACGCUCUGGUGUUAAGAAACGCUGUCUAUCAGCUCACCCAAGAAACAGGAGCUGGUCCUGAGCACCUUAAAGCUCUCCUCGGAGGAAAUGUAUCAGCUGCAUGGGAGGCAGACCAGGAGUCAGGCCUGACAAACAGCAAACACUCAGCCAUACUGUCUUCUCUCAUCCUGGGACCCAUGGGUACAGUGCCCACUCUGCACACCGGACCUGACUGUAAGGAGCUGCGAUCACUUCUUUCCUCCCUGCUGGAUGAAUCUUACCUCCUCACGCCUCUGUGUCAGGCUGCACUGUUACAUAGACUGACAGAGGUGGUUGCUAUGGUGCCUGGAGUCCCUCCAGCUAUAUUCAGGACUCACCUGCUGCGGCUGCUGGGCACUAGUGAGGUGUGCCUCCUUCACGCCACUCUGCUGCUGAAGGGUGCCUUCACAGACAGCCUGUUCAGCUCCGAAGACGAAGCCUUCAUCCUCAAACGGCUGGUGGUGCUCUCCCAGCACCCGCUCCUGAACACACCUGAGAAACUCUUUUACAUGGACUGCAUCCUGCACUUCCCGGAGAACCGGCCCAUCAGCUGCGGUGACGGCGACGAGACUCUCCCUGUGCUGCUGACUCCGCGGCUUGCUUCGGCUCUGGUGCCCACUCUGUUCAAUGACGGCGCCACCCUGCUUGCCCGGUUCAACCUGCUAUCCCUGGUGUACCUGGAGGAAGGGGAGGAGGGGGAGGACGGCCAGGGGCUGGCCUACCUCUACGAGCACCUCACCUCACUGCUGUGCAUUGUGGAGAACAGAGGCGGCAGAGAGCACGUCGUCACUUUCUUCAGAGCGGCCUUCCUUUUUUUGUAUUACUUCUGCCAUGUGGAGCGCUACUCCACCGCUUUGACCAAGCAGCUGUGUCAGCUCUACCUCCACCAUAUCAAGCUGGCUCCACACCUCAUCAACCUGGCUGACCAGACCCAGGACAGACUGUCUGAAUCUAACUGGUCUGUGGGGCUCCUCAAAGCUCUGCAAGGGGUCAUUACCGAGGCCCCGCUCACCCAGCUCACCUCGCAGGACCUCAGCCAGCACCUCAAAAUGCUGGCCCGCGUGGCAGAAGAAGGAGACAUCCUCCAACAUCACCUCAACUUCCUCUCCAGCAUCAUCACGCUCCUCUCCUCAUUGUGCGCAAAUGGUGAUUGGCGUCUGGGAAAUUACAUCCUUGGAGUCUGCCGCCGCCUGCUCAUCCACCCGAGUCUGGACUCACUGCUCACACCGCUGGCUGACGUCCUGCAGCUCCUCGUUUGUCACUAUGGAGACAUGGAGAUCCAGGACCACGCCCGUCUUUACUACACCCUCCUGACCACGCUGUCAAAGAGAAGCUGGCUGGGGUGUUGGCACAGGGUGGAAGAGGGAAGGCGUCAGGUCAAGAAGCAGUCGCUCUCUUGCCUCAUGGAUGAGGGACUGACGAGCAUGUUGACCAUUCAGCAGACAGAUAAAGCAGUAUUCAGGCUGACGGAGGCGCCUCCUGAGCCACGAGGAGGAGAUGUAAAUCCAAAUGAAGCAGAGAAAGGCCCAGAUGAGGCGAGUGCAACAGUGGAGGCCUACAGAGAUCAAUUCAGUGACUCCAGCUUUGCUUCAGAAAUCACCUUAAGGUACGGGCUGAUCCACGUCAGCGCUCACGACGCCCUCUUUGAUCAACUCUUCAGCAUCCGCCUCCACUUCAGCCUCACAGACCAUCACUACGAGGAGCUGGGCGACAUCAGCGUCCCGUGUCUUUUCAGAGAGAGACCGUCGCCCAUAGUUCACCUCAGACUGAAGCCCAAGCAGCCUUACCCCAACCUCCACGCCAGCGCCAUCUUCACCACCCAGGAUGGGCGUACGUGGCACACCACCCUGCCCGACAUCCACGUGGCUUUCCAGCAGACAUUUCUGCCUCUGUCUGUCCCCUCGAGCUGGGGACGAGGUGGCACACUAAGGGUGUUUGAGGGAUUAUGGGACGAAAUGUGCGCAGAGGGAGACAGUGCUGUAAGCCUAUUCUGCUGCCAGCUGACGGACGCAGCUCUGAAUACACUGGUGGAAAAGCACUUCCUUUCCUUCCUCGUAUCAGACCUGUCACUUAAAGAAGAGUUCAGAGUGCUUUUCGUCCUCCCACCACGCUCUCACAUCCUGUUGAAGGUCAGCUCGGAGGAGGACGCCGUGCACUUCAACAUUGCCACUGAUAACUGGGAGCUUCUGCCUUACAUUAGUUCUUACCUACUGACAAUCACUUCACAGGAAGACACUCUCAGCUCACUGUGAUGGACAACACUGACCUGAUUUUUAACAAAAAGAAAAUAACUUUUAACAUCCACAUUUUUCCAAUUAAGAUGAAAUGACUAUCGACUGUUGAUUUGAAAUGAAGAAAUUGCACUUUAAUUGCCUUGACAUACAAUUAAACAUGAAAUUACA